UCACUCCCUUCGGGCAUUUUACAGAGACCAGGGAGCACAGAAGGGACGUGCACGGAUUUGGGGGUUAUUAAAGAUGUGAACCGACCAUUGUCUCCCCAAAAGCCCGCUGGAGUACAUUUUACAUUGCAUUUCCGCUAAGUUUCUAUUUUGGAGAAGACAGAGGUAAGAGCGGAAUCAUAAUGGCACAGGUUUGCAGGGAGCGCCGCAGCGUGCGCCAGCAGCAGCAGCGCAGCUUGUGCCCGGCGCUCUGGGCUCUGUUGCUCUGCGCGCAGGCCGCUCUGGGCUCCUCGCUCGCAGGGCAACAGGAGAGCACCUGCGAGGCCAACGGCAGCAUUUACUACGUGGGCGAGUGGUACUUCUUGGACUCCGACCACUGCACCCAGUGCGAGUGCACCGCCGAGGGCGCCGUGUGCGCCCGCACCGAGUGCACGUCCCUCCCUGCCGCCUGCAUCCAUGUGAGCCAUUACCCCACCGACUGCUGCCCCAGGUGCGAGAAGAUCGGCUGCGAGUACCGGGGGGUGGUCUAUGAGCUGGGACGGGAUUUCCAGCCAUCAGAAUGUGAGCAGUGCACUUGUGACAGCGAUGGCAUCGCCCGCUGUCUGGUGGCAGACUGCGCCCCGCCACCAUGUGUCAAUCCUGUGUACCAGCCUGGGAAGUGCUGCCCGGAAUGCAAGGAGGGUCCCAACUGCUACACGGAUGCAUCCCGCAGUCAAGUGAUACCUGCAGGAGAGCCGGUGUGGGUCGACUCCUGCACCAAGUGCCGAUGUCACGACGGCCAGGACGCCGGCUACUGGGAGGGAAAUCGCGUCGCCACCUGUUCCCGCCUCAAAAACUGCACGCCUCAGCAGGCGCCCACCGCGGCAUACUGAAUCUCCACGGCACCAGCGGUUAUCUUAAAAUGCGUAUUCAGUGAUGGCUGGUGAGCUUCACAGUUUAUCCUUUGGUUCUUUUAUCCCCGAAGAUUUCGCACAGCCACACGAGGACGGAGAAUCUGCAGAGGAGAUGGGGAUAACUCACCCAACAUUUGAAUGUAACAAGGUCUUCAAUCAAAUUUGACAUCACGUAAAGAAGAAAAGUUGAGACUUCAUCCAACAACUUUACUCACUGAUUUAGCAGCUAUAGGUCAAAAAAUACAGAGGUUCAAAGUUUGAUAGCAUUUCUACUUUUUUACCUGUACUUCUUUCCAGCUAUAGCAAAUCUCAAUGAGAGUUAUAUUUCUGCUUUUUACAAAGUUGCUUAGAUGUUGAGACAGUUUUUCUUUUAUCAGAAGGCGAAAAAAAAAACAAGAGCUUUAUGGCUCCUUUGCUCUAGUCCUCAUUUACCCAGGAGGUAGAUUUAAGCACUGUCAUAACGACUAAACAGCAAGAUAGUGUAACUGACUUAUUGCUAGUUGAAUCAACCUUAUAGCAAAAACUAGAAAAAUAAACAAGAAAAUAAUUAAUGGGAGUAUAGUAGUAAACGCGCAACAUUUUUAAGCAUGGAAAUAUUUAAAUGUUUCUCUUCUUGGGCAGGUACGCUGUGCAGCAGAUAGGGUUAGAUUGUGUAGAAACAUUGAUAUUUCCACAGUUUACAGCAGUUAUCAGUAAUUUCUUAUUACCUAAAAGAUGUAAUGAUGUGAUUUGCUGCAACAUCUAUUCCAGGAACUUGCUACCUUAAUCAUAAGGUAUAUUUAAAAGAAACCAAACUCCACUUUCUAACUGCCUUUCUUCUACUGGGUUCCUCCUGGACCUCUGGAUCCUCAUAUUUUAUUAUUUUUCUGAGAGGUAAUUUUAUUCUAUGCCAAAGGAAAGCAUUAGGUCCUGAGCCCUCUAUCCAGUAUAGGUAAUAAACUGUACAUUAUAUAAUCUGUAUCUAGUGGGGAUUAAUCCAGUCUAACAGCCCCAAAUAUCACGGUUUGAUGUUUAAAAGAACAUAUAAGUUGCUCUAGAUACCAGAAAAAGCAAGGAAGUAGACAUUUAUCAUACCGUGAAGUCUGAAAUCAACUCCAUCAAUGUGUUUUUUCAUGAUUAGUGAAAAAUAGUAAAACCCAACUAAGUAAAUGUUUAUGUAGUUUUAAAUACAGUUAUAAGAGCAAACAUCUAAAUUUGUAUAAGCCCAAGGUCAGUAGUCUGUAGGGUUGCCUAUGUUUGAUUUUACAACAAUUAAGUAGUUCAUCUUUUAUCAAAAGUAAUUAUACUCCUUGCACAUUUUGUCCUGUUACAACAUCCAUGCAUUUUGUUGGGAUAUUUUAAAUAAAUGGUGUUACACUGUGAGUCAUAA